CGUAACUAGGCAGCGGGUCACGCUCCGCGCCGGGGACUCUCGCACAGUCACAACAGACACCCUCACGUUUCUAGUUUGUCUGCUGCUAGGGUCUGUGCCGGUAGUGGCAAUGAAGUGGUACACAUAGGCCUAUUUCUUCGGGAUAACUUAACUUUUCAAUAAAGUAUAGAGGAAAUCGAGUCAAGAAAUCGUCUGGAACGGGUUAUGCUUCGUGCGUCGGCGUAAUCAGAAAGAGAGUACGCAUAACUGAAAACAUUUUGACCCAUAUCGGACUCGACAACCCCGUCGACAACCACCGCAACCAUGCCUCAUCCCAAGCGUGAUAUGAUUCGUUUCGUCGUGCACCAACGCGACAACGACCCCACCGAGAUCGUCGCCCACCUCGUCAAGGACGGCGAGGACCACGAUAAGGUGUGCGAGCAGAUGACAGAGAACGGCUACUCGGUGUGCGAAUCGAACAGGAGCGCCCCCGUUCGGGCGCUGACGGGCGAGGCCUUCUAUAUACGACUACUUGGUGACAUCCAGGUCAACACUUUCACGGACAACAGCUACCGGAAAGAUCGCUUCCUCGUAAGGUAUAUACGUAACCGUCCCAACCGCAAGGAUUUCUUCAUAACCGGAGUUUACCGCGGUCGGUACCAACCGGAGUAUGCCGGUAAGGUCCUGCUUCACCGCGUCACUCUGAACGCGGGCACUACCAACAAAGGAAGCGGUCGACAGUUCAUUAUGAAUAACCUGGAGAGCGUUCUCGGAAACAUAGCAUCGUCAAGCAAAUUGGUUCUCUUUAAGGAUCGAGAUGUACCAGCGCCCCCUGACGUCCAAGACACAUACGAUGACGAUCAUUUGACGAAAGACGUCGUUUUACGAACCAUCUCCAAGGACAUCCCCAAGGACUUCGUCACGCCCCUCUGCAUGCAUCUCUUCGGUCUCAGCGAGGUCGAGGUCCUCAACCUCGGCAUGCUCCCUCAUCAUCGCGACUUCGACGAACAACGGUACGGUGUCCUGGACAAGUGGAAGGGAGAGCAGGGGGACAAAGCGACGUUCCAGAAGCUCAUCGAGGCCUUCCAAGCGGUCAAGAUGAAGUCUGCCGCGGCUACGCUCAACAGGAAUCUCCUCACCGAAAACCGUCUUCGAAGAAUAGCCAAGCAGCUUCCAGCAGACAGCCAACCCCUUGCUGAUGCGAUGAAGGUCAACUCAGACGAGGUCAAGGAAAAAUUCUAUACCGAGAUGGCCGAGUUUAAAUUUCAGAUUAUAUGGCGAUGGAGAGAAGACACACAUCAGAAACUUCGAGGUCGAGCUAACCAUUCUCUACUGCUGAGGGCGCUACGCUACAUCAGCCUCCCAACGGUUGCUGAUGAGAUCACGGAUAUGACGUCAGUCGACGUCAGGGAUAUCGUCAUGCUUCGGACGGUCACCAAGGACAUUAGCCGAGAGAAGAUCUGCGCCCUCGUCGACAGGUUCGGUCUCACCGACGACGAAAAGCGCCAUAUCACCCGGGAGUACGGCUUGGACUUCAACAAGCGUCUCUACCUGCUCAACGCCCUCGUCAUGUGGAAGGAGAAGGGCGGUGACGAGGACUCGAGGGCGUCGUACGAGAAUCUGAUGGCUCAUAUGGAAGACAUUGGCUAUGGACAGAACCCGGCUAUCCUCGACGAAGUCCUGAUCGACGAUAAACGUCUUCGCUACAUAUCAACGCUUAUCCCCACCGAUAGCAUGAAAGCAUUGGCAGACGAGCUCCACGUCGAUACGGCCCCUAUGAAGAUUCCGGCGGGACCGGAAGCUGCACUUUUGGGCUAUCGUCUGCUCACACGCUGGAAAGAUACCCGCGGGAAGUACGCGUCUCACACCGAGCUCAUCAGCGCACUCGACAAGGCCGAGCUUGGAGCGACCAUCGACGUCAUCGACCGUUUGGGAUCAGUGGACAUUUCGAAAGGUGCAAUGAAUGAAUUCUGUCUGCGGUACGUCGGGUCGUGGAUCCACGUCAGCCGAGCUCACGAGUGGCCUUCCAUCGUCCAAAACAUCCCAUCCCAGCUCAUCCAGGGACUCGAUGACCGCACCGUCGCCCAGAUCAAACGGGAGCUCCGUGACCCGCAGGAGCAGCUCUCCAGGGCCCUCGUGCUCUGCCGCGACCGCCGGAUCAUUUCCUCCACGGGCGCGCUCUGCAAUCGCCUGAUCGCGUGCGGGUUCGAACGCGCGGCGCUGACCUUGUUGGACGUCUCGAGGUCACAGCACUACUGCACGACCCUGAGGUUAGAUGAAGGACCCUACGGGGGCAUUGAUGGGGUGGGGUCUGAGUACCCAGAGGAGGAAGGAGGAGCUGAGAGGGAGGAAGGAGGAGCUGAGAUGGAGCCUGAAGAGAUCGAGUGACGUAAUGGUCACGUUGCCUAGCAACAGUCAAGGCACAUUUCAGAAAGUGAGAAUGUCUGUAUCGUCCAUUAUAAUGGAAAGUCUCAAACAAUUGAUUUGUUGAUUGAUAACCUAAAACAAACUUGAUUUAAAAACAGCGGAAAUAAAUAGAAUGGUUUUUAUAUUCAUAAUCGGUUCCAUCUUUGACUUGAACUGAUGAAAAGGAUGCUAUUCAAUUAAACAAAUAGAAGAUGUUGAUAUCCUUUUUCGAAAAAUGUUAAGGUUUAAGGCACCAUUGGUUUAACAAUAAAAGAGAAAAAUUCUCGAUUUGGAGAACGUUUGAAAUUUUGCUGCUGCUUUUGAAGUGUGUACGUCCCAAUACGCAUUUUACUACUAAAAUUGUGUGUGAUCGAAGUCUUCCGACGUUGCCAAUUUACGGAAGCUGCUGUGUAAUCAGUGUUAUAAUAUUGAAAGCAUGAAUGCAUAUUAAUCAGAGUAUUCAACAUUAUGAAUCAGUGUGUAUUAAAAUAAUCGUCUCGUUUCAUGGGAAGAUGUAAUCAGGGAAGCGAGUUACAUAUCAAUAUUGAACGAGCUUUGAUCAUUGAAAAUUGAAUAUUGGACAAUAUGUUCCCAUAUAAAUCCGUCCUUUGUGACCAUAUUCAACUUGAUACGCUGAUAUGAAGAUAGUUAUGUUCAGGUGAAUUAAUUGAUGGGUGUGCGUUUGUGUUUACUUGGUUUAUAGUCAUUGCGACGUUUUGCUGCAAAAUUUUGCUCUCUGUCAAAACCCUAUUCAACUCGCCAACUGACUAGUUAUUACGUGAGAACAGUAUGAUUUUUCAAUCCUUAGCCUAUAGCUAUUCUUUGGAUAAUUAUAUUGUUUGUUGCAGUCAACGACACACAAUGGCACCGAGUAUGAGAAGGUAAACUAAUCCAUGGAAAACUUUAAGCCAAAGACCAGUUUAUAUGAUAUACAUAUUCAGUACAAAAUAAUCAUUGAUCAAGAGCAGAAAACAAAACAUGCUAAAGUUUCGGAUCUCCAUGCAUGAUGAACAAUAGCAUUGAAUUUGCGUCAUAUUUUUUUGUUCCCUCCUUCUCUUUCUUUCUGUUCUUUUUAACCGUUAUUUAAUAUAUCGUCCACGUUUCUAAUGUAAAAUAUAAUACCAAUAUUCUUUUUGUACAGGUACCAAAGUAAACAGCUGUCGGUUAUUAUGGAGACAUUAAAAAUAAUACGUUUUAGAUCGUGACAUAGGAAUAUUUGUUUACGCACAACAGAUUUUAGGCCUGAUUUUGUUCUAAAUUUACGCACUCCAGAUCACAGGCCUAAUUUAUAUUUCGUUUAUGAGCAAUCCUUUUUUUUUAUAGAUAUUUUCUUGAUUUUCGAACUUAUAUUAAGAUAUCGUGAUGUCGUGUUUUAAUUGUUACUUUUUGUUCAGUAAACUCGUAAUUACUAUCUCUGAGAUGAAAAUACAACAUACGUUCGAUAAUAUGUUGUUAAUAUUAUGUGCAUGAGCAGUUCGACAAAAUUAAUAUAUGUUUCUUAUUUCAUUGACAAAAUCAAUAAAACACUGCAAUGUGUGAGUCUUUGUGACCAAGCAGGUAAUCUACUUUGCCUUGUCACAACAGUUUGGUUUUAUUAGAGUUCUGUCAUCAUUUACGGAAAAGGAAUGGUGUAAAUAUCCCAUUGAAAUUUAUUUUCUACAGUGUUCUAUGAAAAGAUUGUGUAUAUAUCUCAGCAGAAAAUUAGAAUAAUUCCGUCCAGCUUCUAGAGAGAUGCAUUUCUUAUUUUUAUUUUUAUGAUCCGAAAAAACAAACAUAUAUACAAAAAAAAAUGUAUACAUUGCUGUUGGGUGUGUUGUCUUUGUGCUAUUACAAUUUGCAAUGAGAAAAUGUCAGUAUUCCAUAUUUGUUUGUGCAAUAAAUUGCAUUACGUUAUAUUAUGUGGGCCCCAGCUUUGGCAAUAAAUGCACACUAAUACCUUCGAA